AAAAGAAAAGAACUGCAAAGAAAUUAUAAACUUCAUACAGCGGUUUUAUUGUUAGUAAUAUCGGCAUGGUGAUUUUGUAACUGUUGUAUAAUAUAACAAUUCAGUAAUUAUGUUAAUGUGGUUGAAGCCAAAACCUUCAGUGUAGAGGAAAAAAUUAAAAUAAAGAAAUGAAGUUAAAACUAUAUAAUGUUAAAUUUUAAGCGGAAAAAAACAGAAUUAGUUCAUGUUUUGUUUCUUAAAUAUUUCUUGAAUAUUAGUUUCUAGCUCUUUUUUCCAAAAGACCUAGAAACAAGUGACAAUCCAGAAGGUAUAAGUGCCCCAGGUCCCCAGAUCGUUGUUUCUAAAUACUGUUCCUUACAAAAAGAUAUCAGGGCUCCUUAAAGAAAUUUCUGAUUCAAGGUCUGGUACUGGAAAGGUAAACUAAUAGGAUCAUGUGAAAAGGGCAAAGUAGUCAGCUUGAAGGGACAAUUAGCUGAAGCAUCAAAAAGAAUAACUACUAAAUGUAUAAAAAUCUGGGAGUGGGAAAGACCCUAGCGGCUCACGGGGUUCGUAAGCCGGACCACUUUUGCGCUCCUUUCCAUCCCGGGGCGGACCCAGGCGGCCACCUCACUGGGAAUGUAGUUGGUGCGGGCGCAAAGCAGGACCGAGUGGCGGCCCGGGUUCCCGCUCUUGGGAGCGGAUGGUCACUCCCCCGAGGGGAGGGGAGCCGACCAGCCUUCCUUGGGUCGGGGACCCGGCGGGCUCGCGGCAGGGACUCACCUGUCGCACUCACACCCAUCCCUGUUGGAUUCGUCGGCGUCACUUUGGGACAUGACCAGAUACAGUUGGUGAUUCCACCUUUUCCUUAUAAAUUAAUUCUUGUCAGCUCCUUGGGAUUUGAAAAGAAAAUGCCUGGUGUAAUACCAAAUGAAAGUAAUGGGCUUUCAAGAGGUAGUCCAUCAAAGAAAAACAGACUUUCCUUGAAGUUUUUUCAGAAAAAGGAAACUAAGAGAGCUUUGGAUUUCACAGAUUCUCAAGAAAAUGAAGAAAAAGCUGCUGAAUAUAGAGGAUCUGAAAUAGAUCAAGUUGUUCCUGCAGCACAGUCCUCCCCCAUAAACUGCGAGAAGAGAGAGAACUUGCUACCAUUUGUGGGAUUGAAUAAUCUCGGCAAUACUUGUUAUCUUAAUAGUAUACUUCAGGUAUUAUAUUUCUGUCCUGGUUUUAAAUCUGGAGUGAAGAACUUAUUUAAUAUUAUUGCAAGGAAGAAAGAAGCCCUAAAGGAUGAAGCCAACCAAAAAUUAGAUAAGGGAAAUUGCAGAGAAGAUUCGUUGGCAAGUUAUGAACUGAUAUGCAGUUUACAGUCCUUAAUCAUUUCAGUUGAACAGCUUCAGGCUAGUUUUCUCUUAAAUCCAGAGAAAUAUACUGAUGAACUUGCUACUCAGCCAAGACGACUGCUUAACACACUCAGGUGUGGAGCAAGUUGGUUUUGAGCUAGUAGAGAAAUUAUUUCAAGGUCAGCUGGUAUUAAGAACUCGUUGCUUGGAAUGUGAAAGUUUAACAGAAAGAAGAGAAGAUUUUCAGGACAUCAGUGUACCAGUACAAGAAGAUGAGCUUUCCAAAG